UCUGUUUCAAGUUGUGCUAGUGCUCAUCGACAUGUUCGCAGAAAGGACCCGGAGCCGGCAUUGAUCGAGAAUCGUUCGCAGUUCCUAAUCAGUGCCCCUGCGAUCGCAGAAAGGGACCUGCUAACACUUUUUACCGCGCAAGGGGCCAUGUUCUGAAACGUGAAAACAAGUCUGCACAGACGCAGGACCAGGCAUAAAAGCUGUCGAUAUGUGGCAACGUGUGGCGGGCCCGCCACAUAUAAAUAGGCUGCUGCUGGUGUGGCUUGUAUGGCUCAGCCCAUUUCGCUCCUCGCCCCUCCAACAUCGCCGUUUUCCCUCCCAUUCCCCCUCCCUCUUCAUCCCCUCGUUUGCAUUACUCCGCACUGCAGCGUCCAUAGUCUCUGCGUGCCAGUCUCAAAAGGCUCUCUUCGUGAACCAUGUCCCCUUGCGCCCUCAACAGAGAUUACCCGGUUUUUGAGCCCUGCGGUGGGAUCUCAACCCAGGACGCCCGCGACUACGGUUACUAACCAACCGAUGAACCCCCGUGCAUAGACAUUUAUACAACUCACCUCUCCACUCCCAUCACUCCCCAUC